AUGAUUGUCACAGUCGGUUUAUUUUUAAUAGUAAUAGUAUUAUUAUUAUACUGGGAAUCACGCAAACCUGAAGGAUAUCCACCAGGUCCUAAAUGGUGGCCAAUUCUUGGUUGUGCAAUGGAAAUAGCACGAUUACGAAAAGACACAGGAUAUUUAUUUAAAACUUGUUCCGUUCUUUGUGAAAAAUAUGGACCAGUGAUUGGUUUAAAAAUUGGUAACGAUCGCAUAGUAAUAUUAAACGAUUAUAAUAGCGCAAGCUCUAUGCUUACAAAUCCUGAUUGCGAGGGUAGACCAACUGGUCCUAUGUACAAAGUAAGAACUUGGGGUAAAAGGAGAGGUCUUAUCUUAGUUGAUGGUCAAUUGUGGAUAGAACAACGACGAUUUAUUCUUCGUCAUUUGAGAGAAAUUGGAUAUGGUCGAAAUAGCAUGACUGAAAUUGUAGAGGAUGAAGCUUUGAAAUUAGUCGAACAUUUGGAGAAAUUGAUUUAUAAAGAAAAUAAUAAUAUUAAUAUUAAUAACGAUGACAAUUUAUAUCAAAUAAUCGAUAAUGAAAGGAAAACGCUUAAAUCUAACAUAAUGGACAAGUGUAAUAUAGAUAAAAAAUUACAUAAGAGGAAUAAUUUUCAACAGGAAUUAAAUACUCAAAUAAAUGACUACAAAUCGAAUAAUAAGUUAAAUCCGAGGCAAAUAAUCAUAUCAAUGAACGAUGCCUUUGGCGUAACUGUCUUAAACACCUUAUGGAGAAUGAUGGCUGGUAAAAGAUUCAAUACCGAUGACGAGACGUUGAUGUAUCUUCAAAAAAUUUUUAAUACACUUUUUAAAGAGAUCGAUAUGAUAGGUGCACCGUUCAGUCAUUUUCCAUUUUUAAGAUUCAUCGCACCUAAACUUUCUGGCUAUCAGCCAUUUGUAGAGGUGCACCAACAACUCUGGUUGUUCUUACGUGAUGAAUUAAACAAUUACAAGAAUACCUUUAAUCCGAACGCUCCACGAAAUUUGAUAGACGUUUACUUGUCAGCUCUAAACUCGAAUAAGUGUAGUGAAACAUUUUCAGAAUCUCAGCUGCUAGCUAUUUGUGUCGACUUCUUUGUAGCCGGCUCUGAGACUACGUCGAAAACUCUAAGUUUUGGUUUCCUGUAUUUGAUACUUUUUCCUGAUGUUCAAAGAAAGGCGCAAGAAGAAAUCGAUAGAGUUAUCGGUUGUAAACGUUUACCAACUUUAGCUGAUCGGUCAAAGAUGACGUAUAUAAACGCAAUUGUUUUGGAAUCAUUGAGAAUGUUUGCGGGAAGAUCUUUGAAUGUACCACACAGAGCAUUAAAAAAUACGUAUAUAAUGGGACAUAGAAUUCCUAAGGAUACAAUGAUUAUUGUUAAUUUUAAUGGAUUACUUAUGAACAAUUCUUGGAAUGAUCCGGAAGAAUUCAGACCAGAAAGAUUUAUUGAUAAAAAUGGUAAAAUUUCUGUACAAGAUCAAUAUUUUCCAUUCAGUAUAGGUCGGCAUCGCUGUAUGGGAGAAACAUUAGCAAGAAGUAAUUUAUUCAUUGUAAUAGCUUGUCUAUUACAAAGAUUUACGUUUUCUGUAGUACCUGGAGAACAAAAGCCAUCCACAUUAGAUAUUGUCGAUGGUGCGACUGCUAGUCUAAAACCAUUUAAAGUAUUGGUUACUCCUAGAACAUAAUCCAUAAUUAAAUCUUCUAUAAAAAUAUAGAACGGGCCUUAAUUAAAUAUUAGAAAUGCAGUUAUAUCAUUAAACUUAUUAAUGAAAAUUUUGUGCCCAUCAUUUCAUUAAACUGUUAAAAUAAGUAAACAUGAAAUUGAACAUUGUUUUUUUGUAAGAGUUUGUUACAUUUAUUAUUUUAUUUUAAUUACAGUAGUAAAAAAUAAAGUCUAUUAACA